AUGGAAACUUAUGAUUAUUACAUAAAACCGCCGGUGUUUAAUGAUGAUCCAUUUGAUUAUUUUAUCGCAGAAGAUGAACAGCCGAUAUUCACGUGCAAGGCACACGUGUUCCACAUAGACCCCAAGACGAAGCGGUCAUGGAUGUCUGCUAGUUCUGCCGCCGUCUCUGUUUCCUUCUUCUACGACUCGUCCAGGAACCUCUACCGGAUCAUCAGCGUUGAAGGGACUAAGGCGGUGAUAAACAGCACUAUCACAGCCAACAUGACGUUUACUAAAACGUCACAAAAGUUUGGCCAGUGGAGUGAUGUCAGAGCAAAUACGGUCUACGGACUAGGAUUUGCUUCGGAACCGGAGUUAGGCAAGUUCAUAGAGAAAUUCCAAGAGGUCAAAGAAGCGAUUCAAGCCCAGCAAUGCGGCGGUGGUGGUGCCAAAAGUGUGACGAAUGGUAACAGUGGCGCGGCUACACCUGUUGCCAGCGCCACGGCCAGCCCGCUGCUGGCAGGCCGCGCCACUGGGGCCGACGAGCCGCCACCAGCUAUAUCACCCGCACAGCCAAAACCGGAACCGGAAGAGCUGGCCGUUCAUCAGCGGGCCCAUUCUGUGUCCUCGACUCUUCAGCUAAGUGGAGGGUCUCAGGGUGGGUACGCGACGGUGGGUCGUGCGCCGCGCGGGCCGCUGGCGUCGGCCGGCGCGCUCGUGGAGCCGCCGCCCGCCGACAGCGCCGAGCAACAGCUGCGCUACGAGAACGACCGCCUCAAGCUCGCACUCGCCCAGAGUUUGACUGGCCCUUUUGUCGAAAAUGAAACUGGCCGUUUGACAGAAAAUCAUACCAUCAAUUUCAUAUAG